AUGCCCAAGAAGCCUGGGUGCGGUGAUGAGAAGCUAACCCUCAUCCAGAGCUACAGCAUCCCUUUCCCCAAGACGCUGCUGAGGUGGAGGAUGGCAACCCAGGGAUUUCCACCAUGGUGGCUACUGCUCAUACUGCUGGCCAAAGGGAAUGCAGAUACUUCCUCUUGCCCACGAGGUGGACAAAUCAAUUUGCAGAACCUGAACUGCUACUGGCUUGGGGAAACAAAGGAGAUAUGGCAGGAUGCCAGGAAGCUCUGCCAGGGAGUGCCUGGAGGAGACCUGGUGGUGGUGAGAUCCCUGGAGGUACAGAACUACCUUCAGAAAUCUUUCUCUAGCAGUGCUGGGAUGGUUUGGAUUGGACUGAGUGACCUUGGCUCCUUUGGAUCAUUACGCUGGGUAGAUGGAGGCAUGGUUGAUACAUUCCAGAACUGGGUGUCCUCAGGCAGUCCUGAGAGAGAGAAGGAAAUGUGUGUGCAGAUGCUUCUCUUGGAUUCAAAAGGUCACUGGAGGUGUAACGCAUGUUCUGAGAAAUUAUUAUUCAUCUGUGAAAAGACAGCUGGAGCUGCUCUUCCAAGCCCAAACGUAUUGCUAACAGGAAUGCCAGUGUUUAGCAGUAUCUACAAAGUGAAGAACAUCAGCACCAGAAAAGCAACUCCUUCCGUAGGAGGCAGCAACAUUGAGCUGAUGCUCUUUCCUGGCCUCUGGUUCAGCCACAAUGGAACAGUCACCUCCAUAGACUUUGCUGUGCAAGCAACAAAGAAGCCAGCCCAGGCCCAUUUCCAGAUUUUCCGCCCUUACUGCAGCCCCAGCCAACAUUUGAUUCCACCUGGGUGUGGACUGUAUCGUACACCUUUUGCCUGCUGUCACUCUGAGCCAGUGUGCAACACUAUGGGUAGAUGCCCAAGUGGGCAGCAGUGGUGCCCCUUGAAGGGUCACUGCCUGAACAUCUCAAGUCCUUGCAGCUCAUAUGCCUUUGAGGACACAGCUGCUCCCAUCCAGCCAUUCCCAUACCCUCCACGGUACAAAGGGGCUUCACCAUUCUACUCCGUAGUGGCUGAUCUUCCUUUAAUGCUCACUCCCAGCAGCGAAAACACCUACAUCCAUGUUCUUCUGCCAAAGGAAGAGAUCUUUGUCCACCCAGGUGACAUCAUAGGGAUACAGCACAAUACUGGCCUGGGCUUGUUCCUGCAGUGCCAGCCCCAUGCAGAUUCCCCUUGGCGACAGAGUUAUAUCAGCCUCAUGAAGGACAGCUGGUGGGAAGGAGGCAUUUCUGGGCUACUCAACCCCACCUGGGUGGACAGCAUACUUUGUGAUCUUCGGGUGACCUUUGCACAAGAGAUGAAGAGCGUGGCAAGCACUCCACUGUUGGGACAACAGCUGGACCCUGGCAUGUACACUUACAUGGCAACAAUGAGAAAUGAUGUCAGCAGCACACAGGCAAGCUGCUUGGUGCAGGUGCAGUCGAAGGUCAGUGAUCUGCAGCUUAUCUAUCCCAUGCCUCUCAGUGGAAAGCUCAACAUAGUCACAAAGCAGGAGGCUUUACUUGUUGUCAAGAUCACCUCUGGCUGCAAAGCUGUAGCUCACUGGAUGUCCCCAGUGGACAAGGCUGGGGUGCCAUUUGUGGCCACUUGCCCAGCAGGAAUUGUGACACAUGUCCCUGCCUGCUACAGAGAAACCACAGACACCUGGUUCUCCUCAGUGAAGCUUGUCAUGGAUAAACCAAGAAAUGAGGAGAUCUUGAACAUCCUUGUCUCCAAUGAGGUCAGUGCCCAAAAGUUAUCGGUGAAGAUCCAACCGUAUGAUGCCAUUGAUGGACUUCAGGUGGUGCCCCCUGGACCAUGUUGGAUGCUAGUGGAUGUGACUCAGGUGUUUACAGCUGAGAUCAGUCAGGGCUCCUCUGUCACUUACACCUGGGUGAUAGAUAACAUGGACAUGUUUGCCUACAAUGGUCAGAGCUACAGUGUCAAAUUUAAGAGACCUGCCACAUAUCAGCUAAAGUUGACAGUCCAAAAUGCUGUGAGCUUAAAAUCUUUGGAGAUGAUGCUCAUCGCUGAACCAAUGAACCCCUUGGCUAACCCUGAGCUGCUGGGGCUCUCUGGAGCUGUGGAAGUCAAUGUUCUCCAGACUAUGACAUUCAAGGUGGAAGUAGACACUGCCAUGGAUGUCACAGUGCGGUGGAACUUUGGUGACAGCAGCCCAGAGGUAGAGAACAGGCUGGCUCCCCCUUAUGAUGCUCAGCUGUCACGUCCAGAUCCACAGACAGAACGAGUUCAAGUGUCAGUCAGAGUGACCCAUGUAUUCCUUCAGCCAGGUGACUACACUGUCAGAGCUGAAGCCUUCAACAAGUAUGAGCAAGUCCACCAGGUGGCCAGAGUCCGUGCUGUCAUCCCUGUAACCAUGGUGACAAUACUGGCUAAUCCAGUCUCUCCUUUGGUUAAUGAGGUUACUUGCUUUGAGGCCUUGGUUUCUCCUUCACUCCAUGGCAUUUUGUAUUCCUGGAACUUCGGUGAUGGGCCAUCUGUACAGGAGGGAUCAAAUUCUACUGUGUACCAUUCCUUCAAAAAGAGUGGGAUUUAUAAUGUGACCCUAACAGUCAAUAACAAUCUUACUGCCGUAACCUCAGGGGUAUCUGUGUCUGUCAGUGAAGGAAUUAUGGGUCUGCACAUAGUGUGUAGUGAGCCCAGUGAACUAGGUUCAGUCACCAUUGUCAAUGCCACUGUUAUCUCUAGCACAGAUGUCAGAUGGUCUUUUGACAUGGGGGAUGGAUCCAUCUACAGAAAUCUGUCACAUGGUGUCAUUUCUCAUAUUUUUGCCACAGAAGGGAAAUACACGAUAACAGUGACAGUUCACAGUGGUGCUUCCUCUACCAAUGCUUCCACCAUAGCUGACAUUUAUAAACUUCACAUUACCACCAUCCUGGCUCCUAGUUGUCUCUCCAGUGGGGAGCUGACCCUGCUCCAAGCUGUUGUGACAGGGCCAGUUAAAGGGAUUAUGUUCUGCUGGGAUUUCCAAGAUGGUAGCCCUCCUUCUGUUCGUCAUGGAGAUCCCACAGUCUUUCACAGCUACAUGGCAGCUGGGAAUUACCAGGUGAAUCUGACUGUCUAUGGCACAGUGAGCAGUACCUCCUGCCAGCUAGCCAUUUGUGUAGAGGAUGAAAUCAGGUCAGUCAAGCUAUUGGCUCCAAUGUCUGCUAUAGCUUUGGGGGAGCCACUUUCCUUCUUGGCUGAAGUGGAUCCAGUACCAGACCCUCAGCACCAGUACAAGUACCAUUGGGAUUUUGGCAUUGGUGAAGACCCGGUGGCUUCUAAAUCUCCAGAAAUCACCUUUGUGUACCUGGAGGCUGGGUUGUAUAUGGUAUCAGUGACUGUGUGGAACACGGUCAGCCAACAAAAUGCCUCAGUAACUGUCACAGCUCAGCAGGCAAUUAAUACCAUCUCCAUUCACCACAGUGGUGAAACAGGCAUCUUUCUAGCAGUGGGCACUCCUUACUUCUUUGUGGCUGAAGUUAGCUGGGACAUUACAGGUACAUUUCGGUGGGACUUUGGAGAUACCUCACCUCAUCAGGUGGGUCAAAGAGCCUCCCACACCUAUAAGAGAGCAGGAGAGGUUACCAUUAGGGUUGUGGGUGAGAAUCUAGUCAGUCACAGAACAGCUACGCUCACCAUGAUGGUGGUUACUCCAGUUAAGCUAUUGACACUACACGCUGAGCAACCAGUGGGAGAGGCUGGACAGGAAGUCACCUUCAGAGCUUCUUUAGCUGCGGGGGAUCGCGUUCGCUAUCGCUGGGCUGUUGGUGAAAUGACUGGAUUCCAAGAGGGAUUGGCCAUUUUCACUCAUACUUUCUCCACCCAUGGCACCUUUGUGGUAUUUGCCAUAGCUGAGAAUGCUGUGAACAUGGAGAAGGCAAACAUCACCAUGGAGGUCCAGGAGAGAGUCCAAGGAGUGCAAAUUCACAGUGAACAUGUAGUGCAAGACAAGUAUGUGGCGGCUGAUGAACUCUUCUCUCUCUUCAGCAAGGUUGCUCAGGGCUCCAAUGUCACCUUCCACUGGUCUGCUUUGCUAGGAAAGCAUCAGUUGUUUACUUCUGAAGGACAGUCAUUUUUAUUCUGCCCCAAUAAAAGUGGGGACCUCCAGGUGGAGGUGAAAGCUGGCAAUGCACUGGGUGAAGUUGCCACCAAUCUUACCCUGAAGGUCUUGGAGACAGUUCGUGGUGUGAAGGUUCAGUCAGCCGCUGAUAGUGUACCAGUAGGGAAGCCAGUGAACCUGAAUAUUUCUGUGAUGUCUGGGACCGAUCUCCUUUAUUUGUGGGAGAUGGAGGAGGAUGCACAGCUCCUGCUUACCACCACACCCUCCCUUUUAUACAUCUAUACCACUCUAGGCUCCAAGCUUGUUUUUGCCACUGUCUACAAUGCUCUAGGAUCUGGCAACUGUUCCACAGAACUCAGAGUGCAAGAACCUGUUUCUGGGGCAAAUUUCAGCAUAACGGGGACCAUGCGCCCUUUCAUCCUGGAAUCAGGCACCUCUGUAGAGCUUCUGGGUGUGGUGAUUGCAGGCUCUGACAUUGCAUGGGAAUGGCAGUUGCAGAGACGGGAAGGGGAGAAGCUGAUCUUCUAUGGGCAGAAUAUCUCAUAUGAAUUUGAGCAGUUUGGAGACUACAAAGUGUUUCUACGAGUCUGGAAUGACAUUAGUGAGAGUACAGCUGUGGAUACCAUCUCCAUCCAAGACCCUGUAAUUGGACUGGCUGUGACGCUGGACAAGCAAGUGUUGUGCACAGAUGAUGAGGUUACUUUUAUGCUGCAGGUGUUGAAAGGAUCACAAGUGACAUUUGUCCUCUACUUCUCAUCACUGGGGAUUCACAUGGAUAACCCUGGAGGAAUCUUUCACUCUUCUUUUCCAGUGACAGGUGACCACCAGGUGCUAGCGUCUGCUUACAACAACAUUAAUAAUCAGACAGCCACUGUCAUGGUGAAGGUCCUGGAGAAAGUGAGGGGACUGCACCUCUGGAAUCCAUUGCCAUCCAUCCUGGAAGCUAACAAAGAACUUACACUCAAAGCAGCAGUGCAGAGUGGAGAGAAUGUUAUUUUCUCCUGGGCAUUUCGGCUCCCUGGACUGCCUGACUAUAAUGUCACAGGCCAGCAGGUUAUGUAUAUCCCCUCUGGCAAAGACAAUUUGACCAUUCUGAUAGAGGCCAGCAAUCCUUCCUGCACAGACACUCUUCUGGUGAAAAGAACAUUACAGGCACCAGUAGUGGCUGCUACCCUGUCCAGUAACGGCUUUAGGACAUUUGUCAAUCAAACAGUAGCAUUUGAUGUGAUGGUGGUUGGUGGAAGCAAUCUUCAUAUGGAGUGGAAAUUUGGGGAUUCAACUGAAACUUUUGCCAGUGAAGGAGAUCAGCGAGUAUUUCACAAGUAUCAUCAAGAUGGUGACUUCUUGGUAGAAGUGAAAGUCUACAAUAACAUCAGUUUUGUCCUGGCACAAACAAAAGUAACUGUGCAGCAUCUGAGCUGUGAAAGCCCUGUUGUGAAACUGGUGGAUCCUCUUUUUAUGAUCUCCAAAUCCUACACCAGCUACUUUGAGGCUGAUGUGGACUUGAAAAGAUGUACAGCUUACCGGGCCUUGUAUCAGUGGGAGAUAUUCCAUAGUUCCAGCUGUGAUUGUCUGUCCAAGACCAAUGCAGUCUCCUUAUCUUCUGUAGAUAUGCUAACACCACGCCUUGUGCUCCCCAAGCGCUCUUUGGAUGUUGGCCCUCACUGCCUUCUCUUCACUGUCUCUCUGGAGAACACUCCCCUGGCCCAGAGCAUUUACAGUAAUUUCACCGUGCUUUCCAGCAAACUAGUUCCAGUCAUCCAAGGAGGAUCCUGGAGGAGAUGGACAGCUAAACUGGAUUUGGUUCUAGAUGGAAGCAAAUCAUAUGAUCCUGAUGUGGAGACGGAUGGAGGCUCCUCUCUGAUGUACCACUGGGACUGUGAACUGGAGGCACUUAAUGUGUCCACAACUCUAUGUGGCUUUCCUACUAUGGUAGGCAUGGACAGAGUGAUUGUGCCACACUCCAUGCUGAAUCCUGGAUCAACUUAUUGCUUCAACCUUACUGUGAGGAAACCUGGUAAAAAUCCUGCUUGGGUGACGCAGAUGGUUUCGAUUGCAUCUAGCCAAAUCCUUCCUGUGACCUUGGAGUGCCGUUCCUGCAGUGCUUUGUCAAGUUAUGAGGUCAGCAGCAGCAUCCAUGUCACAUUGUCUGGACAGUGCAACAGCUGUGAUAGUGGAACACUGUACAAGUGGAAGGCUCAGAGUUCUGAUGGCCAACUGUUGACCUUGGACAAUGUGACUACUUCCACUGGGGACUCCAAUCGUGACUUGGUGAUUAGGCAGGGGGUCCUGCAGGAUGGAGUAAAAUACACUUUCACCGUGUUGGUCACUCAGCCUAGAGGACAACUCCAGGGAGAAUCCAGCAUCACUCUCACCCCAAACCACCCACCCAGGGGAGGGGUCUGCAUCCUGAGACCACAAAAUGAUAUCUAUAUCUUGGAGAUGCCAGUUAGAUUUCAGUGCAUGGGUUGGAUGGAUGAGGACAGCAGCCCUACGCAGCAGCUAAUCUAUACCCUGACUGCUGAAAUGUGCUCCCCUCACAGCAACCACUGUUGGCACUCCUGCCUUUAUCGAGGGAUCAAGUCAUCAUUUAGUAGCUUCUUGCCAGCAGGCACUCGUAGCAGUCAAUCCGGCAUCAACAUCCUGGUUGAGGUGGAAGAUUCACAAGGGGCAAAGACCUUAGCAUUGAACCAGUAA